AUGGUCGAUCGAAUUGAAGCAACACUUAAUCGUCUCAUAGCAUUCGGACCAGGUACGGCGUCUUAUACAGAUGAUGCUGCCUUUUUGCAAAAUGUUGCCUCUGCCAUGGAGGUGGCAGGUGAGAUUCCCGUUCUGACGGAAGCGUGCAUGUCACUUUCUGUAGAUCUACUGGAGAACUCGUCACCACAGUCUGCUGCUACUCACGCUGUGUUGACACUUCUCGCAUGCUGUUGUAUGCGGGAUGACAACAGGGAACUAGCAUCACGUUUCGGUAUUUUUUCGUUAUGUGUUCUUCUUCUUCGGAGCAGUGAGUUGUUGUGCAAGGACACUCUGUUGACUAUUUUUGACCUGAUAGGGACCCUCUGCAUGAGCAGUGCUAGCACGCGACAGAUGAUGCGCCCAUGUAUUCCUUAUGUCCUCGGGGUGAUGAGAACUCAUCCCGAUUGCUUUCAGUUGUGCUUCAGCGGGGCCGUCGUGAUCGGCACGUUGGUCAUGCUGGAUGCUGCGAACGCGGAAUUGGCUGCGGAAAACGACUGUGUUCAGAUUCUUCUCACGGCUUUUAUGCGUGGACAUGACAAACGAAAAGAGUUGCUGAAUCGCAGACGCACAUCUUAUUCCCUACGUUGUCAAAGAGAGGAAGAUGAGUCACGACGUCUAUGCGACAACGUCAUACGCUGGACGGAGGAUGCAUUGCAAAAACUUGUUCUGGCUCCAUCUCCCGUGAUUGAUGCUAAACUAGAGGCUGCUGACUUUGGAAAUUAUGGGGACAGGGUAGAGGUUGACGAGCUCAUGUGGAAGUUGAAGUUUGGGCGAGGAAAGAUGUGA